CGAAGACUUGGCACCUCGCUUUGAUCAGGCGCCUAACUGGGUAUAUAUAUGAAUGCGCGGACACAAGUUCGACCCUGUACAGAGAGUUUGUCUAAUAAGACGUCAUGAUGAAGGUCGCCGCUGCUCUGUCCUUCGCCGCCAUACUGGCUGCUGUUGCUGCUCUCCCGCCUCCCCCUGGACCAGGAGGCGCUGGCCCUGCAGGGUCUCUCAUGCCCUCCCCGGCCAUGAUCCAGUCCUUCAUCCCGACGCCCGAGGAGAUCAACGCCCUCGCCGCCAUUCCUCCAGCUCCAGCCGCCGGGGCUUUUGGAGGAGCCCCUGGGCCAUUUGGAGCCCCUAAAGCUUUUGGAGCGCCUGGAGCCUUUGGAGCCCCUAAAGCCUUUGGAGCGCCUGGAGCCUUUGGAGCCUUUGGGGCCCCUGGAACGUUCGGUGCCCCUGGAGCUGCCUUCGGCCCCGGGGCAGUGGCACCUCCAACCUUGCCUCCUGCAGUUGCACACAUGGUCAAGAAGUACCAGGCUGCUGCUGCUGCAUUCAUGCCUCCUGCCCCUGCCGCUGCCCCCGGAGCAGCCUGAAUUUAUUCUUGCUUAAGAUUUUUAUCGAUAGGGUGUAUGUCUUUAGACAAUAAAAUCUGAUUUAGCAUAAAAAA